GCGGAUCAACGGGCCAUUGGGCCCGCGAAUGUCCACAACGAGGGUCAGGUUUUCGUCCGCCCGCCACGAGAGCUAAUGUUGUCCCAACCAACUGGACCACCACUCUUGGCGUUGCUUGCUGCUGGCGCUGCGUCUUCUGCAUCAGCUGCUACUAACGUUUCUGCCUCCUAUGGUCCAUCUUUGUCAAACCAAAGGGGAGGUAACAUGGCGGGUUCCGACAACGCGUACCAGACUCGACCAAAUUGGUGGACGAGGAAUCAGGAAAGGCUUGACAAAGUCUAUAACAAGUAUGUAGAAGACACAGAACGGGAGGCCAAGAAAAAGGAGGAGGAGGCGAAAGAGAAAGCAAGAAAAAAUGAGGAGGAAAAACUUUUGGCCUUGAGAAAAGAGCGAGAGCAAUUUGAGGAAGCAAUGGGCGAGCGAUUGGAGAAGAGGUUAGACGCGUUAGGCAUUAAGAAGGGUAAAUCGGCUGAGGUUGUCAGCGGGGAUUCGGCGAAUGAAGAGACUCUUCGACUUCGGAAGGAGAAUGAGGAUCUGAGGCGUAAGUUAAACGAGACGCUAUGUCCUGGCGGGGAGGAUCGUGUUAUGUAUCUGCAGAAUGAAAUUAUGGAACUACGAAGAAAGGUUGGAGAAAAACGUGUAAAUGAGGAUGAGAUUGCGGCGUUGAAGGCAGAGAUAGGAAAACUGAAGCAGUCAGCGUAUAUGAAGGCAAAUUUUAAACAGGAGAUUUUGGGGCUACGUAAGGAAGUUAGUAUGCCCCAUGAUCAGAAUGAACGUGUGAUCUCAAAAGCAGGGCAAUGGAAGGAGCAAGCCUUGCGAACUGGUAACAAGCGAGGCAGCGUGAUGCUGCAGACACCAGAAUGCUCUAAUCGGGGUUCUCCCAGACCAAGAUGGACGGAUAAUGUGAGAGAAGAGGACAAAUGGAAAGUAGAGUAUCGAAAUCUUCAGAACUUACAUCGAAUGGCGAAUAUUGAGGCAGAGGCUCUCAAGCAGAAACGAGCUGAAGCGGAGGCUCGCAAAAUAGAGGCGGAGAAACAGGUGAAGACUCUGGAGGAGAAAAUGAGCCAGUUGAUGGCGGGAGGUGAGAAAGGUAAAGAGAAGGUGGUGGGAGGAACUCGAAGAAGUGGCAGUCCGAUCUGCUCGAAGAGGGAUAAAAGCUACCACUGGAAGAACUGGGGGCAGAUCCACCUCGAUGUCUGCGCUGUUGGACAAGGAACAGAUUCCACGGCGUACUACUACAACGAUUAAAUGAUAGGGUCGAAUUCGUGGAGGAACAGAAGCGGCAAUUGUGUAUGCUCCGGAAGGCAGGAUUAGAGCCA